AUGUGCCAAUAUAUCGGGAACACAUUAACUAUACGUCGAUUUCAAAUGUCCCUCAUAAACUGUGGAACGAGAACGAUCUCUAACGGACAGUUUAAUGCUUCAUCUGGGACAACACUUGGAGAAACUGCAACACAAUCUUGCAAUGAUGGUUAUAUACUCGCAGGAGACGAGACUGUUACAUGCACCGCUUCAGGCUGGAAUGGAUCAGUCGCAGCUUGCACAAUCAAAAAUUGCUCGGUUCCUGAAAUAACAAAUGGAGAAACCGCAGAAACCCCAAAAGGCACAACAUACAACGAGAUAGCAAUAAUGUCAUGUGCAGACGGAUAUACGUUAAAUGGAAAUACCUUUGUUACAUGUCAGGCCGACGGUAACUGGAGCACACUUCCUACAUGUGUCAUUAAAAAUUGUGGUGAUCCUACUCCAUCGUUUGGCUCUUCAAAUGGCUCGACAUAUGAUUACGGUGAAACGAUAGAAAUAACAUGUCAAAGUGGCUAUAACAUUCGAGGAAGUGCAGUGAUAUCUUGUCAAGCUGAUGGUACUUGGAGCGGAACACCAACAUGCGAUCCACAGGCUUGA